GCGGGGGGCGGGGGGUGGUGUCCCGGUCUGGUUUGGGGGGUGCGUUGCCCGGAGACGGAAAGUUUGGGAGCCCGAGCAGGCUUUACAGCUGGCCAGGGUAGGGGGCCCAGGGGGCGGCAGCCCUGGGGAUGGGGAAGGAGCAGGAGCUGCUUGAGGCUGCCCGCACAGGGCACCUCCCGGCUGUGGAGAAGCUGCUGUCCGGGAAGCGGCUCUCCUCAGGCUUCGGGGGCGGCGGUGGCGGCAGCAGCGGCGGCGGCGGCGGCGGCUCCGGGGGCGGCGGCAGCGGCGGAGGCGGCCUGGGCUCCUCGAGCCAUCCGCUCUCCAGUCUGCUCAGCAUCUGGAGAGGGCCAAAUGUGAACUGUGUUGACAGCACUGGGUAUACACCUCUGCACCAUGCUGCUUUGAAUGGCCAUAAGGAUGUGGUUGAAGUUCUUCUAAGAAAUGAUGCACUGACAAACGUGGCUGAUUCUAAAGGCUGUUACCCUCUACACUUGGCAGCCUGGAAAGGAGAUGCCCAGAUAGUACGGCUGCUUAUCCAUCAAGGGCCCUCACACACCAGAGUCAAUGAACAGAAUGCUCUUGAGAUCAAAGAACUCAAAAAGUACGGCCCCUUUGACCCUUAUAUCAAUGCCAAGAACAAUGACAAUGAGACGGCCCUACAUUGUGCAGCACAGUACGGCCACACGGAAGUGGUGAAGGUCCUCUUAGAGGAGCUAACUGAUCCUACCAUGCGCAACAACAAAUUUGAGACACCUCUGGACCUGGCUGCACUGUAUGGGAGAUUGGAGGUUGUGAAGAUGCUCCUCAAUGCACACCCUAACCUCUUGAGUUGCAACACUAAGAAGCAUACCCCUCUGCAUUUGGCAGCAAGGAAUGGCCACAAAGCUGUGGUCCAGGUCCUCCUCGAUGCUGGCAUGGAUAGCAACUACCAGACGGAGAAGGGCAGUGCUUUGCAUGAGGCUGCUUUGUUUGGCAAGACCGAUGUGGUGCAAAUCCUGCUGACUGCAGGAAUUGAUGUCAACAUAAAGGAUAACCGUGGACUGACUGCUCUAGACACUGUCCGGGAACUGCCUUCUCAAAAGAGCCAGCAGAUAGCAGCACUUAUUGAAGAUCAUAUGACUGGAAAAAGAAAUGCAAAAGAGGUAGAUAAGACGCCCACACCCCAGCCAACGCUCAUCUCCAACUUGGACUCCAUAUCACAGAAGUCUCAGGGUGAUGUGGAGAAAGCAGUGACAGAACUGAUCAUUGGUUUUGAUACAAAUGCUGAAGAGGAGGGUCCUUAUGAAGCACUCUACAAUGCAGUCUCCUGUCAUUCAUUGGACAGCAUGGCCAGUGGGCGAUCAUCUGACCACGACUCCAUGAAUAAGGAGUCUGAAACUACAGGAGUGAAAACUGCUGGAAUGAGACCUGUAUGUGAUCUGGGGCUUAUCUUGCCAGCCUGUGCUUCGAGAGAACGUCCACCGCCUCCAGCAAAGCCACCACCUGAUGAAGAGGAGGAGGACCACUUAGAUAAGAAAUAUUUUGCCUUGACAGCUUCUGAGGUUUUGGCCUUGAGACCCCGGAUCCAGGGGAGUGCAGCUAGGGAAGAGGAUGAGCAUCCUUAUGAGCUAUUGUUAACAGCAGAAACAAAGAAAUUUGUGUCAGUAGACGGAAAAAUUAAAGACCACAGGCGGAGCAGCAGCAGCCGGAGCCAGGACUCUGUGGAGGGGCAGGACGGGCAGGUCCCAGAGCAGUUCUCAGGUCUCCUCCACGGCUCCUCCCCAGUGUGUGAAGUGGGGCAGGACCCUUUCCAACUGCUUUCUGUCACUGGCCAGAGCCAUUCAGAAGGGUCUCCUGCACAGGGUGCCUGCCACGAGGCCAGCAUGCAACUAGAGGAGACGGGUCUGCAUGCCCCUGGAGCCUCCCCACCCAGUGUCCUGGACCAGAGUAAGAGAGUGGGCUAUCCAGCAGGCCUGCCCACCACCAGCAGCCAAUCGCACCCUGAAACUUUGACUCUUGUAGCAUCUCCGCACCCUGGUGGUGCCGAGGAAGAAGGAGACCGGAGCGAGGCCAGAAGCCGAGCCCCUCCCACCAGCAAACCCAAAGCUGAACUCAAACUCAGCCGCAGCUUAUCCAAGUCUGACUCUGAUCUCCUGACCUGCUCACCCACAGAGGACACUACAAUGGGGAGCCGGAGUGAGUCCUUAUCCAACUGCAGCAUUGGGAAGAAGAGGCUGGAGAAGUCGCCUUCCUUUGCCUCUGAGUGGGAUGAGAUUGAGAAAAUCAUGAGCUCUAUUGGAGAAGGAAUUGACUUUUCUCAGGAACAGCAGAAGAUCUCAGGUUCGCGGACGCUGGAGCAGAGCGUUGGGGAGUGGCUGGAGGCAGUUGGGCUGCAGCAGUAUGAGAGCAGGUUGCUUCUGAAUGGCUUUGAUGAUGUCCGCUUCCUGGGACCUAACGUGAUGGAAGAGCAAGACCUGCGGGAGAUUGGCAUCAGUGACCCACAACACCGGAGGAAGUUGCUGCAGGCUGCACGGUCCCUACCCAAGGUAAAAGCUCUGGGCUAUGAUGGGACCAGCCCCCCAUCAGUUCCCUCCUGGCUGGACUCUCUGGGGUUACAAGACUAUGUCCAUUCCUUCCUGUCAAGUGGCUACAGCUCCCUCGACACUGUGAAGAACCUCUGGGAACUGGAGCUUGUUAAUGUCCUAAAGGUUCAUCUGCUUGGCCAUCGCAAGCGCAUCAUUGCCUCCCUCGCUGACAGGCCCUAUGAGGAGCCACCCCAGAAGCCCCCAAGGUUUUCCCAGCUGAGAUGCCAAGACUUGUUUUCUCAGACGUCAUCUCCCCUAAGCCAGAAUGACUCCUGCACUGGGCGGUCAGCUGACCUGUUGCUGCCACAUGGGGACACUAGCAGGAGACGGCACGACAGUCUUCAUGACCCUGCAGCACCCUCUCGGGUAGAGCGCUUCAGAAUGCAGGAAGAGCACCGAGAGGCUAAGCUGACCCUUCGGCCCCCAAGUCUGGCUGCUCCCUAUGCUCCUGUGCAAAGUUGGCAACACCAGCCAGAGAAACUCAUCUUUGAGUCCUGCGGUUAUGAAGCUAAUUAUCUGGGCUCCAUGUUGAUCAAAGAUCUACGAGGGACAGAAUCCACACAAGAUGCUUGUGCCAAAAUGCGGAAAUCCACCGAGCACAUGAAGAAGAUCCCCACCAUCAUUCUGUCCAUCACAUACAAAGGUGUCAAGUUCAUCGAUGCCUCCAACAAGAAUGUCAUCGCAGAGCAUGAGAUCCGGAACAUUUCCUGUGCAGCCCAGGACCCAGAGGACCUCUGCACCUUUGCCUACAUCACCAAGGACCUGCAGACCAGCCACCACUACUGUCAUGUCUUCAGUACUGUGGAUGUGAACCUGACCUAUGAGAUCAUCCUGACGCUAGGACAGGCGUUUGAGGUGGCCUACCAGCUGGCUCUGCAGGCCCAGAAAUCCAAGCCCAUGGGAGCCACUGCAGCUGAAAUGAUCGAAACAAAAUCCUCUAAACCGGUGCCUAAACCUCGGGUCGGCAUGAGGAAGUCAGCAGUGCUGCCGCCCCCUGAUAGUCGCUGUUGUUACUGUCACACCUGCACCACUCAUCGUCCUUCUUACCUACUGCUGCUGUCUGUUAGUCCUGGAAUCAAGCUGGAGCCACCUGAUACUGACCAAGAUGCCCAGUCUCAUGCCAGUGUCUCCUGGGUUGUGGAUCCCAAACCAGACUCUAAGCGGAGCCUCAGCACCAAAUCAGAACUGCUCAAGGACAGGAACCUGGACCAAGCAACUCCAUGGUUCUCCAGGAGCUUUCUGACUUCUCCACAGUGUGGAGAUCAAAGUAGCCAUCACUCGUCCCUUUCUUGUUCAACUACUGUUGCCUCUUGACUCCUGAGAGGGAAGUCUGUAUAAUCCAUCACCUCACAGCAGUUCAGCAACUGGGAUCAUGGAGUUGAAGCUUUGAUGAAGCCCCACGUUCUCUGAUGUUAGCAAAUCAGAUCAGAUGGCAGGAGACAGAAAAGCAGCAGUUCAGUAGGAAACAAUGUAAGCAUAAUAUAGCCCAGUAGAAAAGUCAGUCAGUCACUGCAAUUAUUUUAGAGUUGAAAUCUAAGUUGCUAAAACAGGGUGAGUCCUUCUGCCUGCCUGUCCUUGUGCCUUCCCAAGUAGAUGCAUCAAGCCAGAGGCAGCAGUGGGCUAUGUCACUUGGAACAGGCCACCAAGGGCACUUGGGAGGCUCUAAGGGACUUCUGUCUGUUUCCAAGUUUCCUUUCGGUUUCCUCCAUCUUGUGUAGGUCCUUUGGUUAACAUUCCCCCUCCCCCCAUUGUGUUUGCUUCUGCCAAGCUGAGCCACUGAGGAACCAAAUUGUGCUGCGGAAACACAAGAAGUGGGGGGGCAUAGGCUCCUGCCACCACCACACCACCAUCAUCACCACCGUCUCACCUGCGGCUUUGAAGAGCCAGGCCCAGCCUCUGCCUGUAGGAUCUCCACUCGGCUGCUUAGUCUGGGCUGCCACCACCAGGUCUUGCAGAGCAAACCCUGCUCUGGUUGCAGAGAAGCACUCUAGGCCUCUAGCUGCUGUGACUGGACUCCAAAGGGAUAAGAAGUACUUGUCCAGAACACAUUUUUUUAAAGGAAAAAAAAUUAUAAAAUGAACUUUUAAUACUUGGCUCAAACCUCUAAGUUUAACUGCCAAUUUUUAGACAAGUGGCCAUAGAAUCAAAGGACAGAGGCCCCGAGAUUGGCUUAUAGGUGAGUCAGCCCAGGCCUCUGUCCUCAGGAUGGAUCAUGGUGUGAUCCAGCAGGUCUGAAGAGAAAGCAGUGGUGAGGGGAAGGGGCAGGUACAAGAGACACACUGACUGACUAGGUUUGUUAGUCUCCUUUUCAAGCCAGCAAAGUUAGUUGCUGUUACUUAAUGAACUACAGUUUUUGUCCCUGUUUAGAGCUGAACACUGAUUUAGAGGCACCUGGAAAAAGCAGGUUUCUGGUCUGUUUCUGGGGUUUCAGCCGUGAAGAACCAGGGUUCAACCAGAGAUGAGUGAGCAGUUUCUGAUGCCGUGACAUCUGAGCCAGUGCCGGGAGCUCUGGGCUGCUCCUUAACCUUUGACCUGUCAGUGGUCAAAGCACUGACCUGAGCUGCCUGGCCACAAGUUCUCUGCUAACAUCAGACCACCUGAGUUGAGUUGGAAAGGAUUGAAAAAGGAACUUUGUUUUGGGCAUUAAAUGGGAAGGUCAGCUAAGAUUGCUACCUGCCAAUUUGUGAUUUGUCUAAUCAGGUCUGUGUAAUUAGUUUUGAUUUUCUUAAUUAUUGGCUUGACUUGUGUUUUCAGCUACUGGGCUCAUCCCUGACUCUUAAGUGUAGCAGAGGCUAAGUAAGGUAACAGUCAAUUGGAUUCUCUCCCCUGUGAGGCCUUCGGGGCAGGCUGGUGUACUGGUGUGCCCUGCUGCGUAAGCUCUCCUGCUGGCUGGCUUUGCUUUUUAACUUGGUGUCUUCCUUCUGGAGUUUAGUAGAAAUAAAGGAGCCAAUUCCUGAGAGACAGAGCCAGGCCAGCUGUGUGUUCCCUUUCAGAGAGGGAACAGAAAGGGCCAUGUGCUCCCAGGGGUGAUUCUGCAGGCUUGUGCUUUAACUGCCACUGUUCAGUCUGUUCCUGGGAUCAAUUCCAGGCUUCCUCAGCACUUCACCUCCCAGCAAAGGUUCUGAAUGGAAAUUCUCUAUGUGUGGGGAAUGUGUUCUCAGGCACAUUCACAGCCCCUGUGGUUGACCAGAAGUUAAAAGCAGGGGUGUGUGUGUGUGUGUGUGGUGUGUGUGGUGUGUGUGUGUGUUUGUGUGUGUGUGCGUUUUCUCUCUUCUGAGCCUCCAGCACCUUAGGCCCUGGGAGUCAGCUCUCCUCUGCAUUAGAGGCCAGUCAUCCUCCAUUUCUUGGCUCACAAAAACCUCAACACCUGCAAAUCUGACUUGACUUCCUGCUUCUUCCAGGGUCUGUGAGGAUCCCCUCUGCUAACACUGUGCAGUAUUCAGCCCUAGUAUCAUCCCAAAAAAACCUGAGACAGUUGGGCCAACUGUAUUGCUUCUGCCAUGCCAUGGCACUCAGCUGAUGCCCUUUUUCGUGAUGAAGGCCAGGUCACAUCCAAGUAGGCCUCUCUUGGUAGGUGGUAGGUCCAAAAAGAAAACUAUAAACACUACGAUGAACUCCUUAAGCUGUCUUUUUGUUUUUGAGUCAUAUGUGUUUCCUUCCCUUGAAGCUGCUAUAUCUUCUUUAUUUAUUCAGGGUGUUUUCAUAAUUGGAAAGCCUUGGCUAGUCUGCUCUAGCUUUGGAUUUUCUUUUGAGAUUGGUUCAUUUCUGAAUAUUCAAGAAAAGAGGGAACUACAUCUAACUCCUUCUCUGGGGCAGAUAUAUGUUCCUUUCCUAGAGAGGAUGUUACUACCUUAAGGACAGGCUUCAAGAGACUAAAGCCCCCAUUUCUGUACUUCGCAAUGCGGGUCACACUAUGUGGCACACCCGUCUCUGCAUUUGUGGACUGUGAAGGACUCCAUUAGGCAGCACUUGAAAUAGGUCAGUACCUGUCACCAGCUGCAGGCUCUCUGCUUGCCUCUUUCCCACUCGCCAGCUACUCCGAGCAGGACUUCCUCCUGACAGGCUGUGCAUUUGCAGUGCUCUACACACUCCUACUCCUUGGGCCUUCUAAUACCACACUCUGGGGGAGUUCUUUGACAAGCCUUGGGCUGAGCAGGCAGCAAGCAUAGUUGGUCACUGAGAAAGCUAGUCUGACCUCAGUCUGUUUUUUAAAUUCCCAGAAUGAUUGUCAGAUACAGUUGAUGAAAGUAUUGUUGAUGGUGUGGCAACAGGACUGAAGUGUAAUAAAAAUGUUAUUUAAUCGUCUCUGUAUUUUGAUACUUGAAUGACUUCCCUUUUAUUUUACUGUACAUAUAAUUGUUAAUCUGUCUGAUUUUGUCUGAAUUGCAAACAUCUUGUGGUACCAAACAUAACCAAUCUGUGCAACAACAUAGACUGACCUCACUACAAGAGAGUGUGUAAAUAUUCCUGGGCUUCCAGCUUUGGUUUUAUUAUUUUUCAUAACUGUACAACUUAGAACAGACUGAUUAAUAAAUGAGAACAACAUGAAACCAG